UUUACUUGACUGUCCCUGAUUGGUGGUGGUGGGAGGGUUGCUGUGGUCUAGCCUGGGAUUGUCUAUCCCAGACCCAGCCUGAACAGAGUGAGCCUCUCACCAUGCCGGCUUGCUGCAGCUGGAGUGACAUCUUGCAGUACGAAACAAACAAAGUCACCCAAAUCCAGAGCACGAAUUAUGGCACCAUUAAAUGGAUCUUGCAUGUGAUCGUUUUUUCUUAUGUCAGCUUUGCCUUGGUGAGUGACAAGCUAUAUCAGCGGAAAGAGCCCGUCAUCAGCUCCGUGCACACCAAGGUGAAAGGGAUAGCAGAAGCAACCGAGAAUGUCAUUGAGGGUGGGGUGAAGAAGUCAGUGAAAAACAUCUUUGACACUGCAGACUACACCUUCCCUUUGCAGGGGAACUCAUUCUUUGUGAUGACAAAUUUUCUCAAGACAGAAAGUCAACAGCAGGGGUUAUGUCCAGAGCUUCCCACCCGCAGGACACUCUGUUCCUCUGACCGGAAUUGUAAAAAGGGAUGGAUGGACCCACAAAGCAAAGGAAUCCAGACUGGCAGAUGUAUAACAUACAAAGGGGACAAGAAGACCUGUGAAGUCUCUGCCUGGUGUCCCAUCGAGGAGGCAAAAGAGGCCCCCCGGCCUGCACUCCUGAGAAGCGCUGAAAACUUCACUGUACUCAUCAAGAACAACAUUGACUUUCCCGGCCAUAACUACACUACGAGAAACAUCUUGCCAGGUCUGAACAUUUCUUGCACCUUUCACAAGACUCAGAACCUUCAGUGUCCCAUUUUCCGACUAGGAGACAUCUUCCAGGAAACAGGAGACAACUUUUCAGAAGUGGCAAUUCAGGGAGGAAUAAUGGGCAUUGAGAUCUACUGGGACUGUAACUUGGACAGCUGGUCCCAUCACUGCCGUCCCAAAUACAGCUUCCGUCGCCUGGAUGACAAGACCACCAACGAGUCCUUGUACCCUGGCUACAACUUCAGAUAUGCCAAGUACUAUAAAGAAAACAACAUUGAAAAGCGAACGCUGAUCAAAGUCUUUGGGAUCCGUUUUGAUAUCCUGGUUUUUGGUACUGGAGGAAAAUUUGAUAUCAUCCAGCUGGUUGUGUACAUUGGAUCCACCCUCUCCUACUUCGGUUUGGCCACCGUGUUCAUUGACUUUCUCAUCAAUACAUACUCCAGUAGCUUCUGCAAGGCCAGCAUUUACCCCUGCUGUAAGUGCUGUGAGCCCUGCUCAGUGAAUGAGUACUACUACAGGAAGAAGUGCGAGUCCAUCAUGGAGCCAAAGCCCACAUUAAAAUAUGUAUCCUUUGUGGAUGAAUCCCACAUUCGGAUGGUGAACCAGCAGCUGCUUGGGAAAAGUCUGCAAGUUGUCAAGGGCCAAGAAGUUCCAAGGCCCCAGAUGAACUUCACAAACCUGUCCAAGCUGCCUAUGUCUCUUGACAACCUAACCCUCAUUCCUGGACAACCAGAGGAAAUGCAGCUACUGCAUGAAGAGGUGGCCCCCAGGUCUGGGGACAGCCCAGACUGGUGCCAGUGUGGAAACUGCCUCCCAUCCCGGCUCCCCGAGAACCGCAGGUGCCUGGAGGAGCUGUGCUGCCGCAAGAAGCGGGGGCCCUGCAUCACCUCCUCGGAGCUCUUUGCGAAGCUUGUGCUGUCCAGACAAGCCCUGCAGCUCCUUCUGCUCUACCAGGAGCCCUUGCUAGCACUGGAGGUAGAAGCCACCAACCGCCGGCUGCGACACUGUGCGUACAGGUGCUACACCACAUGGCGCUUCUGUACCCAGGACAUGGCUGACUUUGCCAUCCUGCCCAGCUGCUGCCGCUGGCGCAUCCGGAAGGAGUUCCCCAAAAGUGAGGGUCAGUACAGCGGCUUCAAGUAUCCAUACUGACAGUAUGGCUGGCCAGCAGUCACAUUAUGGUGGCUCACAGUUGAGCUUCUCCCACAAAGGCCUACAUGCAUAUUUUCAACCAAAGGAAAGUUAAUUUUCCUUCCUUUCAGUUCUCCCUGUCUGAAACAACCCACCAGCGUCCAAACCUCUUCUCCCCAUGGAUGAGAGCCAGAUUCAGAUUCAAGCCUCUAUUCUGUGCCACCCUUGGCCUUUAAUGUCUGUACAUUGGACUCUUCAUUUCCCAACCAGCUUUCUCAGAGCUAGUGAGGACAGAUUGAGAUGGUGUUGUGACCUGUCUUGUAAAUGUGUACAGAGGUCAGUGAAUGAAAAGUGUCUCCCUAUGAGGUCAAUCUGGCUAAUUUUUGACUAAGAACAAACCCUUCAGGAUUUGAGAAUGGAGAGAUUGAGUGGCCACAAAUUCUUUGAUUCCCCAUCCUAAAGAUCC